AUUGCCACUUUGAUCGUGAGCAGAUUGGCAGCUUUCUUCACCAGACUGAUCCACUCCGGCCAUAGUAAUAGGCUUCGCCGGAGUACCGGAUUCCAUUCAAGUCUAGAAAUAUGAAAACUGCUUCGUCAUCCCCGUCACGCUCUUUCCUCCUCCUCCUUUCAUUCACUCUAUGUACUUUCUUUCUCUCUUUUUCUUCCACUUUUUCAUCGGUACUGGGCGAUGCUGGGUCCUGUUCUGCGUCUCUGAUAAUCGAAAACGAAGCUACCUCCAAACCACUGUACUGGAAAGUCACCAACCCCACUCUAUCUCCUUCUCAUCUCCAAGAUUUGCCUGGUUUUACUCGGAGUGUUUACAAAAGGGACCACGCACUAAUUACACCGGAGAGUCAUGUCUUCAGUCCUCUGCCUGAAUGGACUAAUACAUUGGGAGCAUAUUUAAUCACACCGGAAAUGGGCUCACACUUUGUGAUGUACCUGGCCAAAAUGCAAGAAAACUCAAGGUCAGGGCUCCCAGCUCGCGAUGUAGAGAGGUUUGUAUUUGUGAUUCAGGGGACUGUCUCUCUCGGUAAUACAUCUGGCAUUAGCAACAAACUAAGGGUAGAUUCAUAUGCUUAUCUGCCACCUAAUUUUCAACAUUCUCUGAAGUCUGACGACUAUGCUACUCUUGUGGUAUUUGAACGAAGAUAUGUAUAUCUCAAUGAUCACAUGACCGAGCAGAUUAUUGGUUCAACAGACCAGCAGCCACUUUUGGAAACUCCUGGUGAGGUCUUUCAACUCAGGAAGCUUCUUCCAGCAGCAGUGCCAUAUGACUUCAAUAUCCAUAUAAUGGAUUUUCAACCUGGAGAGUUCCUCAAUGUGAAGGAGGUUCAUUAUAAUCAGCAUGGUCUUUUGCUCCUUGAGGGACAGGGUAUUUAUCGCUUGGGUGAUAGCUGGUACCCAGUCCAAUCGGGUGAUGUCAUUUGGAUGGCACCAUUUGUGCCACAGUGGUAUGCUGCACUUGGCAAAACUCAGUCCAGGUAUCUGUUAUACAAAGAUGUAAACAGGGAUCCACUGUAAACAGGGAUCCACUCUAAUCACAUGCAGCAUGAUAUGGGCCACUAGAAUUUGAUGACACAGUUUCCUAAUGGCUGAUAGCAAGAAAUCCACUAGUAUGAACUUCUGUGACCUAUAAACAUUACAUUUAGUAGAUAAGUAGAUAUUAGUUAUUCCCAAUUAAGUGUGUGGAAAUGUAACUUGUCAAACUCUACCACAAUCAAUUAUUUACAAUAACUAGGAACAUAUUUUGUUCCUUCAAUUCCAAGUUUGCAAAAUAUCUAAGUCUGUCUUUCCUCUAGAUUUCACAUGGAACAUUUUGGAAUAAAGACGCAUAAGGUAG